UCCGGAAGUUGGGAUUUUUUGAGGUGUCUUCCGGAAGAGGACCAUGCUAAUAAACAUUUUGUUCUUGAACAAACAGGAUUUAUAUUAAUCACUUAAAAAGCAACCAUGAGUAAGGCACAUCCACCAGAAUUGAAGAAGUACAUGGAAAGGAAGCUCUCUUUGAAGCUUAAUGGCGGCCGAACUGUAAGUGGCAUCUUGCGUGGCUUUGAUCCAUUCAUGAAUCUGGUGAUUGAUGAAUGUGUGGAAGAAACUAAAAAUGGAGAAAAAAACCCCAUUGGAAUGGUGGCAGUUCGUGGCAACAGCAUAGUCCUACUUGAGGCAUUAGACAGAGUUUCCUGAAGUUGACUUUGUCAGUCUGUGUAUAUGAAAUCUAAUUGUUGAAAUAGAAUGUGUGUGUGUGUACAAUGUGAAGUGUGAAUGUAGAUUUUAAAAAUAUUUCAUUUUCUUUUUAAAAACACAUUUUGUCUUAAAUAAAUCACCUUUUAUCACAAAGCA